GCGCUGUAAGGGAAUUCCGGGGCCGUGCGCGCUGACGUAAAGGAGCCUGAGGGGCGGCGCUGAGGAGAGAGAAAGAGAGCCUGCGAGUCCCUUCAAAAAACUCACUGCUCACCGCAACUCGAUCCCUGCCUUAACUCACAGACACAGCUCUGUGCUCGCUAUAGAGAGCGGAGACUUACCCAGCAACAACAUUACAUACAACGAGUGGCCUACAUCAGACGUCUCGAAUCAUCUGUAAGGAAAGCUAAAAGAUGUCCUCGUUUAUUCUCCAACAGAUCCCGUCUAACUUUUGGGAGCGCGAGUGGAGACGCAAGCUGAACAAGUUUUACUACUAAAGCAAUCUACGACCACAGAGUCAGCUGAGAUGAUCAACUGUUGGUGCUAAACCCUAAUUCUUCAGACGUUUGAGAAGUGGUGCUAGAUGCUUAUUUGACAGUUGGCAGGAGUAGCAGUAAACAGCUUCUCCGUCGUGUUGGUGAGUGGCCCUCUCUGUUUUGCAGUGGAGGGCUUCACACUCACAGCUAGUGUGGCUGGAUGCAUCACACAGCAGAACAGUUCGCCGGGUGCAGCACACGGGACCCUUUUCCUCUGGACGGACUCAACCGGGGACCAUGGGCUCCCGUGGGCAGCCGCGCCUGGCCACCUCCCUCCAGGUGCUUACCAGGUGUCAAUCAGCACCAGUUUCUCCCCCAUAUGCCACCCAGUCACAUGACUGGGCUAAAUCAUUCUAGUAAAUUUUUAAACAAUGGUCCCUUACAUCGAGGAGAUAAGCAAGACCCGUCUCAGGCUUUGUUGCCAGGAUUGCAAAGGAUGCCCCCUGCUCCUCCCAGGCCUUGGGAACCAACCAGAACUGGCCAGGGAUAUGAGCCAUUGCCUGUUGAUAACCACAACCGACUGCACAAUGGCUACAACGCAGGACCUCCUGCACACCUCACAGCUCGAGCCAGUCAGCUACUGAAGUACGGUGCUCCUCAUCCUCAGCUCCUAGCCCAUGUCUCACGGCCCAUGCCUCCAUUACCUGAUAUAUGGACUCAACCUCAGACUCAGCAGCAACCCAGGGGACCUCACUCUCAUUCUGGACAGUUAAAACGGCCUGGGCCCCUACUGGGAGAGCACUCUGUCAUUCAGCAUACCCCUGCUCCAUCUCUGCACCGGCCCAUGGAGGACUGCCCCAGUCCGAGCAAGAGAAAGAAGAGCUCUGGGUCUGAACAGAUGACUCCUUCAGCCAUGCAGCGCAUGUCUGGGCUGCCUGUACAUUUGAAACAGCAGCCAUCCUCCAUCUACCCCCCACCCAAACCUGGCUUUUGGAACCCAUUGCACAAAGGAGGAGCACCCUGGAACCUGAAUGAACACAAAAGCAGACCCAUUGAUUUCCAGGAUUCAGCUAAGUCAGGAAUUGAAAAUUUCACCUCUAAACCGCCUCCCUUGAAUCCAUCAACCAUGUCUUCACCCGCCAUUCCUACCAUAAGAGGCUGCGAAGAAAGCAGGGGUCCUCCACCACAGUCCCACAGGACUGCUCUGUCACCACAGUCUCUGGGACCACCUUCACAGAACCCUCACAUCCAUCAUUCUCCAUACCCCUACCCCAACAACAGACCUUCAGCCCAGACACAAGGGGAACCACGUGGUACUACUCCACAAAGAGGACAUGGUUCUGGAGUGAGUUCUUUGGAUAACCAGGCUCCAUCACCACAUACAUCCUCAUCAUCACCACGGGCAGAUGGGGUGCGCCCUGCACCCUCACCAGCAAACCACACCUCUGUGCCUUACAGUCACCCCCAAUUCCAGCCUCACCCAGGGCUGGUCCUUUCCAGCCCACCAGCCAGCAACCAGGCCCAGGCCACAGUACCUCAGCACAACCCCCAUAAACCCUGGAGGAAUCAGGAAUCACGUGACUUUUCAGCAAGAGGGGAUUCUCAGGUUGCCGCACGCCUUUCUCAGGCACCGAAUAGGUUUGCUGGGGCCAAACAGGGUCCAGGGACCCACCAGCAUGUGAGCCCUCCUCAGGCCCCUGCUCGAAAACCUGUCAUUACCCCAAACCUAGAAACUCCUUGCUCUCUAAAACUAUACACCAAUGUUGGAAGCAUUCCUGCCUUGAGCUCAGCACCCUCUACCAGCUCCUCCAUUCCUAGCUCCCUGAGCAGUUGGAGAGCGACGGAUUCUUCAGUGCUAGUCUCAAACCCAAACCAUGUAUCCAUGAUUGGUCAAAAUCUAACACAUAUAGGGUAUCAGGGUGUCCACCCUGGUGUUGGAACCCUUCCAAAACAACAUAGAGGGGCACAAUCUCAGAUUCAGUCCACUCUUCCCCACACAGGACAGGGUAGACCUAACUACACCCCAGUGUCCUCUUCUCCCUCCAACCUAAACUCAGGACUUCAGAGAUCAGGGGAGAGCGUCAUCACCAGCAAGACUUAUAACACUCUCCCUCAAGUCAGUUCACCUUUACAUUGCCCUCAGCUUCCAGAACACAUAAAAGUCAACUCAGCCCUACAGGCAAUUUCUUGUAAUUCAUACAGCUCAUCACCCAUCCAAGCUUCCUCCUUAAUUUCUCAGGCAACUACUACUGUUCCAGCCCCAGUCUACCCAAGGUCCUGUUUACAGCCUGCUGCCCUAAGCUCUCAGUCCAUUGCUGAUGCUUUAAAUAAACUUGAUGCAGAGCUGCAAGGCCACAUGCAAGCAGAAGAGCGGAGGAGAGACCAGAAUGAAGAGAGGAAACGGAAUGUAGAACAACAAGAAGUGGAGACAAAGCCACACAGUGAGUCUACUAUCAAGAGUCUGGAACAUUUGGUGUCAGGUAGUGCAGCUGAGCCUCCACCUCCUCGUUUGUCACCAACCAAUGCACUCUCCUCCGUCUCACUUCCUAGCCAGAAUUCACCACCUUAUCCCUGGUUGAGUCGAGGAGGAGUGCCCCCACGUCUUUCUGGAACUCCAGCAAACGUUUUGGAACGGUCACAACCACCUCCUCUUACCCCCCAGACAGAAUAUGCCCGUGAGAAGCAAAGGCAGAGAGAGAAAUGGAAGAGUGGAGCACCAUCUCAGAAUUCCACUGGGAAUCCCACAUACCCCUCAGAUUCGGGUCUCAUCAGCCCCUCCGAAAACCAUAGCCACACCAUGAAAUUGAAGCCUGAUCCAUACAAAGAUGUCACCAUGUUGAAAACCUCUCAUAAUGCUGAGAUUAUAGACACUAUUCCCAACCCUCCACCUCUGCGCGAGCCACCCAAACUUUACCAGGCUUUCCCCAAUGAUAUUCGUUCUUCAUGCACACCUAUCAGCACGACUACAAGCAGCCUUCAAAAACGUAUGCCUAGUACAGGACUUGGUAGUCUGGGUAGCAGUGCUAGAAGUUGCAGUGGUGACUCUGAUGGUGCCCAAUUUGAGGAGGAAACUUCUGAGCUCUUGCCUGAUGGAUUGGCUAAUAUUAUAAAGAUGCUGGAUGAGUCCAUCAAGAAAGAGGAGGAGCUAUAUUCUGGUCAGAGUGGAGAACAGGCAGUACCGGAACCUCCAUUUUCUACAAACAUGGUACCUAUGAAGAGUUAUUUAUGCGCACCAGACCUCAUGCCUGCCCUUAAGCAAUCUCCAAUUGAGGAUUAUCAGCCAGUUGGCCAUGCAAGCCCACCUGUGUUAAGUCGGCAAGGUUCACUGGCAUCUCCUUGUAGCCGUACUUCACUUGAGGAAGAAGAGGAGGUUCUUAAGGUCAUUCCCAAGCCUGCCAAUUCCAUUUACAUGCAGUCUCAAGAAAGCAGUCUUGCCACAACAGGAACCAACUAUCGCCAUAGUGACCUGGCCAAGCUGUAUGGCCUUCCAGAGGUAGAGAAAAGUGAGUGUGAGGAUGAUGAAGAAGAAGCGGAUCGGGAAGAUGAAACUCCAUCCUGUUCACCACCACAGCGGCCACACCUCCAUCAGACAGGUGUGAACAGCAUGUUUAAAAACCUUGUAUCUGUACUUGAGAGCCAGAAGUACACCUACCGAGGUGGACCCUUUGGUCGUCCUCCUCCCUCUGCUUUUAUGGGAGUGAAGUACUCUUCAUCUCUUUCACUGGAGCCUGACAUUUGCAGACAACAACAAAGCACUUCUCCCACAUCAGGUUCAGCCAAUCACCCAGGUUUCAGCAGUCCAACGCAAACCCCUGCCAUUAGCAGCUCAGGUCAGCCUCGUCCCCUCUCACCUACAGAUUGGGCAUCGGAGAGGAAGAGAGGGGAUAACAUAAGCCAGUCAGAUCUUUUGGGCAAUGAUGAUGAGGAAGACAUUUCAUACGAACCCACAGGACAAAAGGAUUCUGGAACUGUGAAAGACUUGUUGGAAAAACGACCAAAGCUGACCACCAUCUCAGAGUCUUCACUAGCGGAGCUUGGUCAUAGCUAUGAGGUGAACAAACAUAUACUCCUUUAUAAAGACCACUCAAAGGCAGAGUCACAGGAGACAUGCAAACCUGAUAAAGAAAAGGACCGACACAGAGACCGAGAACGAGAGAGGAAACACAAACACUGUGGCAGUAGCAAAAAACAUGAGGACAGGAAAGAGAGAAAGAAAAAGCACAGAGAAAGACACGAGGAUGCGUCUCUUUCCUCAUCCUCAUCUUCCAGCUCCAGUCGACGGCACAGGGAGGGAAAGUCACACAAAGAAAAAAAGAGCCGGCAGGUACUGGGUAACCUGUACCUUCAGAGUAAGGAGUUUAGGGAGAUGGAACAAGAGCAUGACGGAGACAAAAAGAGAAGGAAAGAGGAAUGUAGCCGACCCCAGAGUGAAAGAGAAGAAUGGGCACGGAGUAAAGAUAAGGGCACCAGCUCUGGACGUUCCUCUGAUCUCCCAUCAGCUUCUUCAGCAUUAUGUUCCGACGACUUUCAGAAACUGAAAGCACUGACAGAUGGGCCACCCAAAGAACUGAAGAUACGCCUCAUAAAGGUAGAGAGUGGGGACAGGGAGACAUUUAUUGCUUCAGAGGUAGAGGAGAGAAGGAUUCCUUUGGAGGAAAUCACCAUAAAGAACACAGCUAGUGAAAUCAUCAGAGCCUGCAAGGGAGCUCGCUUGAAGGGGAAAUUUAAGGAGUCGUACCUCCUACCUGCCCUCUCUGUUAAACCAGUUUUGACCACAGAACAGCCCAUCCCUCGAGAGAAACUCAACCCCCCCACACCUAGCAUCUACUUGGAAAGUAAAAGAGAUGCAUUCUCUCCGGUCCUGCUACAGUUUUGCACAGAUUCUAAGAACCCCAUUACUGUCAUCCGGGGACUAGCUGGCUCCCUCAGAUUAAAUCUUGGUCUGUUUUCCACUAAAUCUUUGGUGGAGGCAAAUGGGGAGCAUGCAGUAGAGGUCAGGACCCAGGUCCAGCAGCCAGCUGAUGAGAACUGGGAUCCCAGUGGCACUGGCCAGACCUGGCCCUGCGAGAGCAGCAGGUCGCAUACAACAAUUGCCAAGUAUGCCCAGUACCAGGCCUCCAGCUUCCAAGAGAGCUUGCAGGAAGAGAAGGGCAGUGACAACGAGGAGGAUGAUGAUGAUGAGAAAUUGGCCACCAACUCUGAGAAUACAACCAGUAACUCCUCAGCUCCCAGCUCCAGUUCAGAGCAGAAACCUGUGGGGAAGAUAAUAAAAUUUGGCACCAACAUUGACCUAUCCGAUACCAAAAGAUGGAAGCCUCAGCUGCAGGAACUGCAGAAAUUGCCGGCAUUUAUGCGUGUGUCCUCCAGUGGGAAUAUGCUGAGUCAUGUUGGCCACACCAUUUUGGGAAUGAAUACAGUACAACUCUACAUGAAAAUCCCUGGCUGCCGCACACCAGGACACCAGGAGAACAAUAACUUCUGUUCUCUAAACAUCAAUAUUGGGCCUGGAGACUGUGAGUGGUUUGCUGUCCAUGACAACUACUGGGAGGCCAUCAGUGAUUUCUGUGAAAAACAUGGCGUCGAUUACCUGACAGGAUCAUGGUGGCCGGUUCUGGAUGACUUGUACCGCGCUAACAUCCCCGUGUACCGGUUCAUCCAAAGGCCAGGAGAUCUGGUAUGGAUCAAUGCAGGCACUGUGCACUGGGUUCAGGCCGUGGGCUGGUGCAACAACAUUGCUUGGAAUGUGGGACCUGUCAGCUCUUAUCAGUACCAGUUGGCUUUAGAGAGAUUUGAGUGGAACGAAGUGAAGAAAGUCAAAUCCAUCGUUCCCAUGAUUCACGUAUCCUGGAACGUGGCACGCAACGUCAAAGUCACUGACCCAGACACUUACAAGAUGAUCAAACACUGUCUCCUCCAGUCUAUUAAGCACAUUCAGAUUCUGAGGGACCAGCUGGUGGCAACAGGAAAGAAGAUCUCCUACCAGAGCAGACUGAAGGAUGAGCCGGCCUACUACUGUAACGAGUGUGAUGUGGAGGUGUUUGACCUGCUGUUUGUGACCAGUGAGAAUGGCAGUCGGAAGAUGUAUGUGGUUCAGUGUGAGGACUGUGCACGACAACGCAACCCAAACCUCUCCAGUGUAGUAGUGCUGGAGCAAUACCGCAUGGAGGAGCUCAUGAACGUGUACGACUCUUUCAGCCUGGCUACCGGUUCCAGCUCCCAAUGAGGACGUCUCAUCCCUUUCCCUCACACAGCCAUAACCAAAACUCCUGCUCGCAGGACAAGAUCUUUUAUUUUAGUCCAAUUAAGACUUAAAACAUUUACCGUUGGAAAGAAAAAAGUACUACUGUUAAUAUUUGUUGAACAGCCAAUCGAGAACCAGUUUAUUCAGCAUUGUUUACGGAACCAAUCAGCCAAUAAGACUCGAGUUCACUUCUGUCGGUCUUGUGUACCAACCUCGGAAUGGCUCUGCGGGACUUCAGAUGGAACGCAGUUUGGUGCUGUCACGGCUUCCAGCGGCAGAGUUGCCGAGAUCCUGUCUGUUUGGGUUUUCUUUCGUGUUGCUCUCUUUUUGUGUGUGUGUGUGUGUGUGUGUGUGUGUGUGUAAAUGCUCUUUGUACUUUUCGUGGGUGCUUCUUUUUUUUUUUUCAAUAAAUUAUUUUUAAACCUAGAACAGCCUAGAUAUAUACCACAUUGGCCUUGUGACUUGUAUUUAGUGAAGAGAUAAAAAUGAAUAAUACUAAUAAUAGAGCUAUGGACAUUUUUCUAAAGCAUUAAGAAUUAAAAGAUACAGUUGAUCAGAAUGCUUCAAAACAUACGGGUUUUAAAAGAUGUUUUCAGUUUUCAUAUGGAAUGUUGUGUUUAUAUAAGCAUUUUAGGAUUUCAUUUUUAAUCAAUCAUUUUUCCUGCAUUUUGUAAGUAUAAUUGUUCGGUUUCAUCUCUUUUGUUCAGUGAAUUGUUUCUCACCUCUAUACAGAGCUCUUCUCUGAUUUUCUUUUUAUUUUAAAUUGUACAUUUUUUUUUAUUUAAAAUGUUUUUCUAUUUAUUGGAUAUUAAAUGUUCUCCCCUGCCUCAACAUGGUUAUCAGAGAUGUAUUAAGGGGUUCUAUUGUUACUUAAUCCUCCAAGAUUUCAAGGGUGCUGAUUCUUUUUAAUUUUUUUUGUUAGUUUUGGUGCUUGCCCCUUUAAAUAUCUUUCCUGUUUAUAUAUAUUAAAUCUCUCAUAACUUGACUCCUUGUCCAUGUAGGGCACAGAGGGUAGAUUUUAAUUCGGAAGUUGUCUGUUAUACACAAAUGUUUAAAAAAGACAGUUUUCCCCACAUAUAUUAACAGGUGACUUGUAUGUGAGCACUGUUAUGUAUUUGAACACCUGCUGACUUACCAGUUUAAAUGUUUAUUUUUGAAAAAAGAAAGCUUAAAUCCAGGGGCCAUAUUCAUAUGAGUUCUCAAAUUAGACCUGUGCUCUCCGAAGCUUUGGUUUUGUUUUUUACUAAGAUGGUGAGUUGGACUGAUGUCAGUAAUUCUGAGCCUAGAUUAGCAGCUACUCUAUCAUGAAUUCAGGGAAUUCAUGAAUUGGGGCUAAAAACAGUUUUUGAUACUCUUACACAUAUAGUGGUGCUUCUGUCCUGUUGUAAAUGCUGUUCGUUUGAGGACACAUUUGCUGUGCUGGUUACAGCAGGCAUAAACUUUCUAUAUACACAGUAUACAGUAAUUGGCUGCAGUGGGUUGUCAUAAACCUAAACCAUACUGCGAAAAAUCAUACUGAGCUGUAAAUUGUGGCAUUUUACUGGAAUGAGUAACAUUGAAAGGGGAUUUAACGCAUUAUUGUUUUUGAUUUAUAUAGUCAUUUUUUAAAGCUUUAGAGGCGUUAGCAUGAAAUAAUUCAUGUAUUAUCAGGAAAAUGGUUUUGAUUAUGAUAUAGAUGGUGCUGAGUUCUACUAGAGCUACUCUGUUUUUUGUUAAGAAAUAUUUUUUCCUGUUGCAAUAUACACACUUUCCUCUAUUCCUCAUUUUUUUUUUUUUUUGUGGUUAUUUAAAAUCUGCACUGUUUUGGAAUUCACACGAAGCGAACUGAGCCAGACAUGUCUUAAAACACUUUGUGAAUUCGUGUGACAUUGAUAUGAUUACUCUGAAUAAUAUUAAAUGCUUUUGAUAAACUUU